AUGGAAAAGUUCAGGAGGAAAGAGCCGAGAAACACAAUCUUCUUAAACAUUGAAAACCCACUGUCGACCGAGAUACGAGAUGAACCCUUCCUUUUAAACUACAAAACACCGCAGUUGGACGACUAUAAUAGAACAGGGGAUCUGAUCACACACUUAAGCUGUUUCCAAGUGGUUAUGAUGGUGCAAAGCUUAUCCGAGGCCGCCGUCUGCAAACUCUUUCCAACAACCCUGAAAGGACCGGCUGCCAUCUGGUAUCAAAGCCUGAAAGAAGGCUCUAUUCAAAGCUUUGACGAGCUAGCAAGAGCUUUCCGAACUCAUUUCGCACCAAGCAUACAGCGGAAAAAGAAGUCCAGUGACCUAAAGCUUUGCUAUCAGAAGCCAGGAGAAAGUUUGCAGAGCUAUAUCGGCCGAUUCAAUGCCGAAGCUGUCGAAGUAGGAAACUUGAAUGAUGAUACCGUGAUAGACGCAAUGAAGGACAACACGACGAUGAUGGCAUUUAGAGAUAACCUGAUAACGAAUCCGAACAAUAAUGAGCCAGUAAGAUACCCACCAAAGCUUCAGUACGAAGGAGAUAGGAAAAAAUACUGCCAAUUCCAUGAUGGCCACGGCCAUGUCACCGAUGAGUGUGGAAGUCUGAAGAAGGAAAUUGACCGAUUGGUGCAAGUCGGCCGCUUAAAAGACUUUGUUACACAAAUCAAAAAUUAUAACUCGGGAGGAAGCUACCGAGGAGAGCAUAGUGGGAAAAGAGAAGAGGCACCACCACCGAAAAGACAAAAUGUAUCGGGAGUAAUUAACACCAUAGCAGGCGGAAUGGCCGACCCAAAAUACAAAUGA